AUGGCGCGACGUGUGGCGGUGUGCGUGGUGGGCGCGGGGGCGGCCGGGCUGUGCGCCGCGCGACAGCUCGCCGCCCGACCCGACGUUUUCACCUUCCGCGUAUACGAGCAAGCGGACGGAGUGGGCGGUACCUGGGUGUACACGGAGGACAUCGGUACGGAUUGCAACGGCCUGCGCGUGCACUCCAGCAUGUACGAGAACCUGCGAACCAACAUUCUGCAGGAAAUCAUGGGCUUCCCGGACUUUCCGUUUCCGGAAGCAAAAGGAACUUCGUAUCCGAAACACGAUGUUGUCCUAAAAUAUCUCGAAGACUACGCCGAGCAUUUCGAUUUAAAAAAGCACGUGAGCUUCCGCACCGUGGUGAAGGCAGUGCGGCCGGCGGGCGGGCCCAGCUCGCGCACGUGGGCGGUGACGGUGUACUCCGGCGAAAGCCGAUCGGAGGAGACGCAAGAAUUCGAUGCGGUGCUGGUGUGCAACGGCCACUACUCGACGCCGUUCUGGCCCGACGUGGCGGGGCUGGAGAGCUUCGAAGGCGCCGUGCUGCACAGCCACGACUACCGGCGGCCACAGGAUUUCGCGGGCCAGCGCGUGGUGCUACUCGGUGCCGCGGCAUCGGGACGCGACAUCGCCCUCGACCUGGCACGGCAUGCGCGGGAGGUGCUGCUGUGCCAUCGCGGCGCCCCGCUGCGCAGCGAGCUGCCCGCUAACGUGCUGCAGUUGUCUGCCAUCGCUGAGGCUACCCCUACCGGCUUCGUCCUCGAAGACGGCUCCGCCGUCCACGCCGACGCCAUCGUCUUCUGCACAGGCUACCGCUACACGUUCCCGUUCUUGAGUCCGCAGUGCGGGGUGUUUGUGAGGGGGAGGAGGGUGAGGCCACUGUACAAGCAUAUUGUCAAUAUAGAGAUGCCAUCUCUAGGAUUCAUCGGCAUUCCCUUCAUAGUACUUCCGUUUCCCUUGUUCCAUUGUCAAGUUGCGUUCUUCUUGAAAUCUCUCGUGGAUCCCUCCAUAUUACCAAGCACAGAAGAAAUGUAUGAAGAUGAAAGGAGAGAUUUUCAAAAAAGACUGGAUCUUGGCUUUCCACCAAGGUAUGCUCACAAAAUGGCACAACUGCAAUGGGAUUAUAAUGAUGAACUGGCAGAUGCAGCUGGUAUAGAAAGAUUACAUUCUGUUUUCAGAGAACUGUAUGAAGUUAAUUCUUAUCAAAUGAUGAAUUUUCUGGCUGAAUAUAAAAAUAAGUGUUACAGAGAAACAUAUAAAGAUAAAGUUAAUUAUUCAUGAUUGAUCAUGAUAAUAGUAAAUUAUUCAUGUAAUUUAGAAAUGUGCCUAUACUACUUGACAUAUUGUAUUAAAAGGUACUUGAGGAAUGUGCUUAUUGAUUAGUAGGCAUCACAAAAAAGAAUACAAAAUUGUAGAUCGUGUUUGUUUAUAAAAUACACCUUAUUGUGAUCUUCAUUACAAGAAUAAUAGCAUCUUCAUUACAAUAAUAUUUCAUAGGUCCACACUUUAUAAUGCUUCUUAAAACUGUAAUAGAUGGCUUUCAUAUCAUAUUAUUGUGUUACAUUUAUUUGAACAUGGGUAUCCAAAGUAAUUAAAUAGGUACCAUACCAUUGCUGAAUUUUAAAUGAUAUUAGCAUAAUAUAUAACAAUAUAAGAAUGUAUCAUUUCUAAAGGGUUUCAUUGUUACAAACUGUGAACGUGAAACAACUAGUUAUUACCUGAUAUUUAUUUGUACAGGUAUGGCAAAUGCAGAUGAAAAUAUUUCUUUGAAAUUUCUAUUCCUUUUUUAUCUAGGUAAGAGUCUGCUAGUAAUUUUUGUUGUUGGAUGCCUAUGGCAUAUUACGGGGUCUAAUCUGUGUUUUUCUUGAUAGAAUACAUUUUUGUUUUUCAUUAUAUUUGAGGAGCUUCGUAAUUGCUUUUUCAAUGUUGAGUCAAUAUCAAACUAAUAUUUACCCUACCACAAGGAAUUGGACUAAUAUUGGUCAGUCUAAUUACUUUGACCUUAUUUUGGGGCAUUUAAUAUAAUUUAUUGUUAGUUUUUGUUCCAAUGGAUGUGUAAGCCAGUCAUACAAAAUUUAUCUCUAACUUUUAGAAUCUUAUCCUAGUGGAUAAGAUGAGCAAAAACAAUACCAAUAUAAUAUUUAGUGAUGCAGUUUUAUGCAUUAAUUGUGAAUGUUAUAAGAAACAGUUUAUUCUUCGUUAUAAAGUUCAGAAUAUAAAAUGGUCAUUGUUAUAGUUUUCUGUUGUAUUUGUAGUGAACACUACAAAUCGAUUAUGUAAUUAACAAAAUUAUAUGUUUUGAUGUAUGUGAUGAUAAAUAUUUAUUAGAGAGAGAUCCACAUGCAUGUGUGACAUUCCGAUUCAUCAAAUGAAUGAAGUAUUUUUUUCUUGCAUAAUAUAUUAAAAUUUGAAGAAAAUUUCAGCAAUAGAUGAAUUUGUACUGGCCUGUAUGUUACUGAAUAGAAGGAAUCACAUUUUUUUUAUGCUCAUCAGCAGACUUUUGCUUCUGUAUCUGAGUUAAAUGAAUUCAUUCUUUUUAUUACAUAUAUUUGAGGAUGCAGCCUUUCCAGGGGCUUAGCUAGGGUGGCAAUACACCUUGAAAAUCAGAGCCACCAAAUGAGAUAUCCUAUUGAACCCCAAUAAUGGAGAAGUUCAUAUUCAGAGAGAUUUUGAAGGUUUUCUAUGAUAAAAAAUUUAAUGACACAUUAUAAAUCAACUGAAUAUUUAAUUAAGAUUAUUUGCUGCUAUUACUGCAAUUAGACAUCAGAUAAUUAUUCCAAAAAUAAAAAAAAUGUUGGAUGUGGUUAAGAGGGUUGGGAAUGCUUAAGAGACCCAUUCAUGGACAUAUUCUGUGUUAUUUAUUUACGCAUUUGGCAAAGACCCAGCGACUUGUCCAUUACCUAUCUACAUCAUGAAGUUCACUAAUGAAAAUGUUAUAAAUUCAUUUUCAUAAUUAAAACUUAGAAAUGAGAAUCUUGGUUAAAUGGAGAAUAAUUUUAUCUCCAUGUACGAACAUUAUAUAAUGGAUCAAUUAAUAAUAGCAGAUACAGACAUUUAAUAAUAGCAGAUGUCACUGGUUGCAAUGGUUUGAUCCAGUUGUCAAUAGAAAAUCGAAGAUCACAACAGAUUAAUAUUAGUACAGUGAUUAUUUUCUUUCCCAUAUGGAAUCAAGAAAAAAUCUUUGUAUCCCAAGUUUAAUUAAUUGUUUUUACUGAUAAUUCAUUUUCCUAUCAAGAAAAAUUGAACUUUCUUAAGCUUUGUUAAAUUUUACAAUAGUUUAUUAAAUAUUAUCUUUUUAAAAUUGUUUUAUGUUUACUGUAUGAUCCGUACCAAUAAUGUACUUUUACCAAUAAAGUAAUAUUUAACUGUUUUUAUUUUAUAAUAAUGUCAAUUAAUUAUCCAAUAAGACCUGGUUAUUUUUAUUACAAAAGGCAAUUUUUACUGUAGUAAGAUAAGACGUUGAGUCCUAAUCACCUUUCUGACCCUCUCCUGUAAUAAUAAGACAAACAUUUCAGGGAAAUGAAAGUCUGGAACAAUCAAUUAACAUCUCAUUAUUUGAUUACAAUGUUUUUC